AUGCAGUCAUUCUCAUCUAUUAUUUCACUCGCCUCCUUGCUGGCUCUGGCACAGGCUCAUGGCGUCAUAUUAGGCGCGCAAGGUCUUGACGGUUCGCCGGCAAGCGUUGGCUUCAAGGUCGAGGCUGAGUUGGCAAGAAAUUGCACAUCCAUCAGCCCAUGCCAACAAGAUACGACGAUCAUUCGAGAUGCAGAGAUUGCGGCCAACGUUGUGAACGAGUGCGGACGAACAGAAUUAGCUGGUAACAUUGACAUCGGCGAGAACACGGAAAAUGCUCUUGCCGCCGGCGCUGUUACUCAAGUCAAGGCUGGAACUCAACUCGAGGUUACGAUUCACCAAGUGAACGCCGACGGAGCCGGUCCUUAUGCAUGUGACUUGGUGGAGGCAGGAAACAACGGUGUCAUCACGCAGAACUUGACUGUCGAGAACAAUGUUCCUGGUGUCAACGGCUUCUCGCAGGCCAAGACCCAACAGUUCAAGAUCCUUGUGAACAUGCCUGAUAACUUUGCCUGCAGUGGUUCAUCUGCUGGCAAUGUCUGCACUGUGCGAUGCAGAAACAAUGCACUAGCUGGCCCCUUCGGUGGAUGCUUUCCCGUCCAGCAAGUAGACGUGGAGCCUAGCCAGAACACUGCUGCCAAGGUGCCUACCAACUUGUCUCUAGACAAGGUUCUCAAGCAAGUUUCGCAAGAUCAGGAAGACCUCCCUGCCGCCAUUGCCGCUGUUCAAAAUGCAGGCUCGGAUAAGGGGCUUGCGGCCGCGGCCGCGGUCAGCUCUCUUCUGAAGCAGACCGUCACCAGCCUGCCCGCUUCUGUUCAGACACUCGAUGUUGUCACCGGCGUGGCAGCAACGGCAACGGCCACUUCGGCUGCCGCUGCGACCCAGACGAAUGAUGCCACCAACAAUGGAUCCCGCAAUGGCCGUAACGGAAACAACAGCAGCAACAACAGCAACAACAGCAAUGCCAAUACCAAUGCCAACAGCAGAAACGGCCGUGGUAAUGCUGCCAACAACAAUAACAGACGGAGAACUGUGUUUUUCGCUUAA